CGAGCAGUAGUUUUGAUAAGCAGAGUGGAAUAUUUUUAAAGAGCUAUAAUUAUCAUGUCGGCUUCUAAAAUUCCAUACGUAAAACACAACAAUGGCACGCAAAUCCAAUCAAUUGGCCUGGGAACCUACACGUCUCUGGGCGGCGACUGUGAGCGUGCGACCUUGCAUGCCAUAGAUGUGGGCUACCGGCACAUAGACACCGCCUUCUUCUAUGAGAAUGAAGCGGAAGUGGGAAAUGCAGUGCGCCAGAAAAUUAAGGAGGGUGUAAUUAAACGUGAGGAUAUCUCCAUAACCACAAAGCUUUGGUGCCAUUUUCAUGAGCCGAACAGAGUUGAAUAUGCUUGCCGCAAGACAUUGGAGAACUUCGGGCUGGACUAUGUGGACCUUUAUCUGAUGCAUUGGCCAUACUCGUACGUUUAUCGUAGCGACACUGACAUGAUGCCCACAGAUUCAAAGGGCGAGGUCGAGCUUAGUGACGUCGAUUACCUGGACACGUGGCGCGCCAUGGAAAAGCUCGUCGAACUGGGGCUAACCAAAAGUAUUGGGGUGUCGAAUUUCAAUUCCGAGCAACUGACACGCCUGUUGGCCAACUGCAAAAUCAAGCCCAUACACAAUCAAAUCGAGUGUCAUCCCGCACUGAAUCAGAAGAAGCUUAUUGCCUUGUGUAAAAAGCACGACAUUGUUGUGACCGCCUACUGUCCAUUAGGUCGACCGGAUCCGGCAAACAAGAAGCCAAACUUUAUUUAUGAUGCCAAGGUGCAGGCCAUUGCUGAUAAGCACAAGAAGUCUACGGCCCAAGUAGUGCUGCGCUAUCUGAUCGAAAUCGGGGCGGUGCCGCUACCAAAGUCAUCCAACCCGAAGCGCAUUGAAGAGAACUUGAAUGUGUUUGAUUUUCAAUUGGACGCUGCUGAUCAUAAAGUGUUGGACACAUAUAACAGCGGCGAACGUUUAAUUCAAAUGGAACAUGCUCGUAAGAGCAAGCACUACCCAUUCAAUAUUGAAUAUUAAACAGCCACACCUGUAAUCCAGAAACACAUCAUUGUUGAUAAGUUACACAUGUUUGUAAAUAUACAUACAUACAUAUGUACAUAUACUAAGCAACUGUGUGCACUUUUCCAGGCACUUGCUUAACACCGAUAUGGAAAAGUUCUAAACUUUUGCGAGAGAGCUUUAAGACGAAAAUAAAAACGAAAGUUCUGAA